AUGCACAAGGCAAAGCCGGUAAACACUCCACUUGCUGGACAUUUCAAGCUAAGUACGGAACAAUGUCCAACAAAUGAGAAAGAAAAAGAAGAAAUGAUGAAUACUCCAUAUGCAUCAGCAGUAGGCAGUCUCAUGUACGCCAUGGUAUGUACACGGCCAGACAUCGCCUAUGCAGUUGGAGUUGUGAGCCGCUUCCUAGCAAAUCCAGGGAAGGAGCAUUGGAAGGCAGUAAAAUGGAUCCUCCGUUAUCUACGAGGCACAACAAAAAGGUGUCUUUGUUUUGGUAAUGGGAAGCUUGAGUUACAAGGCUAUACCGAUGCAGAUUGGGCGGGCAACAAGGAUUCCAGGAAGUCAACAUCAGGGUAUGUAACUACCUUUGCAGGGGGAGCUGUUUCCUGGCAAUCAAAGCUACAAAAGUGUGUUGCUUUGUCAACUACUGAAGCAGAGUAUAUCGCAGCCACUGAAGCUUGCAAGGAGAUAUUAUGGAUGAAGAACUUUCUCCAUGCAUUGGGAGUAAAGCAAGGUAAGUAUGUUCUGCUUUGUGAUAACCAGAGUGCUAUUCACUUAGCAAAGAACUCAACCUUGCAUUCCCGCUCGAAGCACAUCGAUAUUAGACAUCAUUGGAUACGAGAAGUUCUAGAAGAGAAACUCAUACAUCUCGACAAAGUACACACAGACGAAAAUUGGUCAGACAUCAUGACCAAAGUGUUGCCAAUCAAAAAGUUUGAAGAUUGUUGUCAAGGUAUCGGCAUCGUGACAAUUUCGGGCUAA